ACCUUGAUGUCAGAAAAUAGUAAUGGAUAGGACAAAAAUGAUCUCGUUUCGAUCCCGAAAGUGGUUUUGUUUUUCAUUUGCGUUGUAACCAACAAGCAAGACCGUCCCGGUGGAGUGUUCGAAAAUGGCGGUAAAAAAACGAGAUUUUCAGAAGAUAGCGCAAAUGGUACAAGACUUCCUUGGAAAGCUAUCAUGCGAAGAGGGGACUGCAGAACUGAGAGAUGCCCUGAAUUUAACUUUGCUCUACAUGCAAAAAUACUACAAAACUCUUCGAAGCCGUAGCCAGUCAAAUACGAACGGGAUUUCACCUCGUUGUGUUGGCGGAACUCUGUUAUUUACGAGCAGUUGUGGAGCUAUAAGCCCUGUUUCUCCUGCAUGUGGAUUGCCGGAUAUAUUUGAGUGGAAAUGGUUCAAUAUCGAAUCGCCGAAACUAUCGGCAAGUUUGGGAACCGAUGAAUUCUCGAUGCUUUCAAAUGUGCUCCAAGCAACCAAGGCCGGCGAUCUUGAAGCCGUGAAGGAUUUGAUCGAAAAAGAUCCCAAAUGUGUGGAGAGUAAUGAUGGACUUGGAAGGAAUGCAGUCAUGUAUGCAGUCCAUGGGAAGAGUGACCCACAUACUGAAUGUCUUGAGGUCCUACUUGAGGCAGGUUCAAAUGUUGACCACCAAGCAAAUGAUAAGUCAACAGCUCUUCAUGUAGCUGCACAUGAGACAAAUAGUGCUGCUCUAAGUCUUCUGUUAAAAUACAAGGCAUCUUGUAACAUUGAAGACCAUGAGGGAAGAACACCUCUCCAUUGGGCUUCAGGAAACUCAAGUCUAGAUAACCUUAAGCUUUUGCUUCAGCACGGUGCCAAUAUCAAUGCACUUGACUGUGAGGGCUUGACAGCAGCUAUGUGGGCGUGUCAUUAUGAUCAGAAGCACAACCUCAGCACACUCAAAACGGCUCUGUCAAGAUUUGACCCAAGAGAGGAGGCGCUGUUUGAGCAGCAAGAUGUGAAGGGAAGAACUGUUGUCCACUGGGCAGUAAAUAGAAGCACUUCGUUGGAGUGUCUGAAGGAACUUCUUACUAAAGAAACAGGGAAACUGCUUGAUGGAGAAAAUAGAAGCAUCUUACAUACAGCUGCUGAGCAAGGUUGCCUGGCUGCGUGCGAGCUGGUACUAGAUGUCAGCGGUUGUGACUGUCUCAACUUGAUUGACAACCAGGGACGGACACCUCUUCAUCUUGCCGCGCUGUGUGGCCAGGCUCAGAUUAUCAACUAUCUCUUAGAUGUUGGGGCGGACUUGCUAUGUGAAGAUAGAAAUGGAGCGACUCCUGUGGAUUAUAUCAAAAACAAGCAGCUUAUUUAUAGCAUGAUGGUGUUGAGCCUUCAUCCUCAGUACCAGCGGUUACUCAACACAGAACAAAGCAAUCAUAACAUUAGCAUGGAAAUUCUUCCUCCUUCCAUUGCGGGCCCAAGACUGCACGCAUUUGCCCACAAGCCUAACGAUAGGGCCACGCCAUCAGCACCCCCUGCAGAGGAUUUUUUACAAAGACACGAAUCCCCGGAUGUACCACAGGAAGACCACGUGGAUGAAGUCGACGGCAACGUAGACGCCUCGGUAUUCGACGAAUCGGGAGGACGAAAACACUCGGACCCACGCCCCCCACGACCGCUACCUAGAAAACAUAGACAUGAGGGAGUGUCGGGAGAUCGUGAGAACACAGAAGAAGACGGUGGCGCUAACGGGUCCCCAAGGGGUGGGGGUGACACUAAGAGACCCCCUUAUGUUACUCGGCGGCACAGUUUGCUGACUCGUCAGGGUGGGGUCCAAGAGGACCACGCUGCGGAUGACAUCCUCGACGACUCCCAAGAUAACGGCGACGUUGAAUUAGACGCGGCAAAAUUCGACAUGCGAACGACAGACGGUGACGUAGUGGUGUUGAUGGACGACUUAGACUCGCUUCAGGUCUCUCCAGAUAUAGAAGAAGUUAUCGAUGGGAACCCUGUGGUGGACGAGGAUGAGGAGUUUGGGUACACGACCGAGCGGCUUCAGCAGGGUAAGGGGAGUGCGUCGAGCGAACACAGCGAUCCUGACCACGCUGACAACUUUAGUGUGAGUGUUGGCUUAAGCGUCUCCAGUCUGGGCAGCGGUAGUGAUGAUGAGGUCAUGCGCAACGAUGGGAGAGAUCACGUGAAAGAUACUAGCCCCAAACAGCAAGAGAAAGUUCGCAUUCCGGCGCCAACCAUGACGCAAGGCUGGAGCAGCCCGACACCUCAAUCCCUGGGCCCGGCCCGCUCCCCACGCCCUCCUCCUCAGUCUCCGCGUGCACCCAUGCCGAACAACGACGAGAGGGUGCACCCAAAAGGCCCUAUGGUUCCUGAACCGCUAGGUGCGUCUGAUCCGCAACCGAGGAGGAAAAAAGAUAAGAAGAAAAAACAGAAAAAGUCACCCAUAGCCGAGAUCCCGCCCCCUCGGGGAUUCGUCGCGCCAUUAGAGUCCCCGGGAUUUCGACAAGGACCGGGAGCUAAACUUGGGGGUCUGGAUCCUGUGAAAGCUCCCCCUUGGGAGCACGCUGGCUUAGGGGUUUUGCGGAGAGGAUCACCAGAGUCCUCUCCCCCUGGGGGUAAAAUGAUGGAAGCUUCGAGGUUUUGGCCUCCUGGAUAUUAUCCCGCUGACGAACUCGAAAUUGCUAUCUCCGACGAAGAAGGCUACAUGGAUGAGGUGGACUACGGCCGACCUCGCACUCCUGAGCCUGCGCGCAGCCCCAGGGACAUAAUCACCAAGGGAGCUUUUCACCCAGCUCCUCCAGGGAGAGGGCCCGUUGAUGAUAGGGCCACCGUAUAUGGUCCCUGGGGUCCAAGCCACGGGCCACUCGCGCACAAGAAUGGACAAGCUUUGCUGAGGAACACGGAUAUGGGCGCCAUGCGGGUUUCUCCACCAAACAAGCUGGAUCCUAGAGGGGGCUUGUCGUCAUUACCGCGUAGCCCUAGGGGGCCUGGAGCCCAGUCUGGAUUUGGCUUACCACAGAGUCCAGUCCCCCAUCCUCCGCCCAAGUGAAUUUAUCUCGUCACGAGUAGUGACGUGUCGCGUGACUGCGUGUAAAACGUAUUUAUUUAAAAAUGCAAAUUAACUGUUAUUGCUGCUAGUGGCUAAAAAUAACGCUGCACUUUAAAAGUCCAUGUACCCAAAGUUGCUACAAGCGUAACAAAUUCAAUAAUUCAAGUUUUUGCCAUGCGGCUGUUUGGUUUUUGUUUGCUUAUUCUGUUAUAUGCUGCUUGUUUAUGGGUAUUUGAUUUCCAAGAGGCAACCUGGAAGAUACGUGGCUACUUGCAGUGUCGCAUUAUUUGAAAUAGGCGUUUGAAAAGCUUUAGAUAGAGUCCUGUUCUCAGACAGGCUUUGUCAGCCACACCAGGACGAAAAAAUGGCGGCUGUAGAGGUUAUCUAAACGAGUCCUCCUCAUCCAUACAAGUUUAAUGCAGGAUUUCGUUACUUGGAUAAACACGGCUCUAGGAUGAACAUAUUCUUCAAAUAAAUAUCCCCGCUGGGUGCCGCGGCGUCUAAAUAAGUACCUGUAUCUGUUGGAAGGUGUAAGAUGGGAAGAGGAUGAUGAUAAUUUGUACUAUCCAGACAUGUUAGACAAUGACCUGUUGCAAUUGACGAACUAAUUCUCUAGUAUUUAUACGUAAGUUAUUAUCGUUCUUUUAUGUACAUGCCUACAAGUAUUCUCAUAUUUGUUGGGGAGUUUGACUUUCAUCUUUUAUUGUAUAUACUUACUCGGGUCGCCUAGCGUACAUAUAAGUUCAUAGAACACUAAAGUCGACAGGAUUAGCAAGUCGAACCAGCUGUUGUUUUUUUUUCUACGACAUUAUAAGGGGAAGCUCAAAAUUUCAUAUACCAGCAUUGCUCGAAUAAGCGCCUCCCCCGAAUUAGCGCAUCGCUUAGGGCAUGAAAACGAAAUAAGCGGCGGCGUUUAUUCGUGCAAUAAUAAUUUCUAUUAGCUUAAAGUACAAUUCAAUCCUUCAAUAAAUUUGAAGUUGCGAAUUAAA